AUGACUCAUUUUGCAAAGCCUGGAUAUUCAUUAGCCAAUUACGACCCUUUCCCAUUUACCAAUGCAAAUUUAACAGACUUGUCUCAGGGAAGCAAUCUCAUCCAACCAAUUGAUCAUGACAUGGCAAAAGAAAACAUCAACAUCAAAAAACCUCAAAGCCCAGCUGAACGUCGUGCAGAACACAAUGCUAUUGAAAGAGCACGCCGUGAGAAUUUAAAUGCUAAGUUUCAAUCACUUGCUCAAGCAUUGCCUAAUCUUAUGAACUACCGAAGACCUUCUAAAAGUCAGAUUGUUGAAAAAGCUCUUGAUUGGGUCAAACAAAGUAUCUCAAGAGAAGACAAAUAUCGCUAUCAAAUCCUCCAUCUCCAAAGAGAAAACAAAAAACUGCUGGUUCAGUUACUUCAACAACAACAAGAAAACGCUCAAGUUUCAGUGCCUGCUGUGUAUUCUGAACCAGGUACAAAUUAUGAUUGGCACACUCCUCAUCUUUUGACUGUGACUCCCAAAACAACUCCAUAUACAAGUGUUGAAGAUUUGUCAAAGCAAGAUUAUUUAAGCUCUAGAAGUGAUGAUGAAGAUAAUACCAGUAGUAGUAAUGAAGACGAUAUUGAAUAUCAACUUUCUCCUUCCUAUUUUGAUGACAAACAACAUGGAAACCAAUGUCUUUUACAACAUAAUGAUUUUAUGCCCAAUAAUCUUUACUACAAUAUCAAUCUUCAUUAG